AUGGAGAAGAAGCGAUCAUACUACGCCUUAUUGAUACCUACUCUCUUGACCGUAUGGCUAGCAUGCGCGGGUCAUUCUUGUGCCCGACAUGCUAAGGCAAAACCUCCCAUGGCCGGACCACCACGGUGUCCUAACUGCGGACCUAUGGUUGUACCUUAUCCUCUAAGCACGGGUCCAACCUGCGGGGAUCAAGCCUAUAGGAUAAAUUGUGUUGGUGGUAAGCUUUAUUUCGGUGCCCUCCAUGGGUCAUCUUAUGUCAUUACGUCCAUCAACUCAGUGACCCAGCGGAUCGUUCUACGCCCGCCUGGUCUUGCUAGCUCAGUAUCCUGUAUCUCAGCUGAUGUCUCUAAACAGGGCCUCGAGCUCGACCCCCAUCUCCCUUUCAGCAUCACUAGUAGCAACACUAUCUUGCUCCUUAAUUGCUCUCAGGCUAUGCUGCAGGCGCCAAUAGAUUGUAGUCCUACCAGCUUAUGUUACAGCUACAUCAAGAACAAUGCAUCACCUUGUUCUAAGGCUCCCUUGUGUUGCACCUUCAGAACCGACGGGUCUCAAACCGCUUACACGAUCAGGAUCAACGGUGGGGGAUGCCUCGCGUACCAAAGCUUCGUGGGGCUGAAUCCAAACAAAGAGGUUCCUCCUCCCGGGAAAAAAUGGCCUGACACGGGGCUCGAGUUGCAAUGGGCAUUGCCUAAAGAACCAGUUUGCAAAACUGAUGUAGAUUGUAACCUCUUGUUGGGUAAAUCAAAAUGCUUGCCUGAUCCAACGAGUCUCGGCCUGAAACGAUGCUCCUGCAAAAAAGGUUUGGAAUGGGAUCCGGUUAACGCAAUAUGUGGUAAAUGUCGCCAUGGGAAACACUGCAAAAAGAAGAAGAAGACCGUUGUUUUCGCAGGUGCGGCUGUUGCGGUUGUGGGAGUUACGCUAGCGAUUGCGGUAGCAGUAAUUGGAACCAAACAUAGCCACCAAAAGGUUAAAAAGGAUAUCCACAAGAACAUUGUUAAGGAGCGAGAAGAGAUGCUUAGCGCAAAUUCCACUGGAAAAUCAUCAAGAAUCUUCACUGGCAGAGAAAUCACGAAAGCAACCAACAAUUUCUCAAAAGACAAUCUCAUAGGCACUGGAGGUUUUGGAGAAGUGUUUAAAGCUGUUCUUGAGGAUGGAACCAUAACCGCGAUCAAACGAGCAAAGCUUAACAACACCAAAGGCACUGAUCAGAUCCUAAACGAAGUCCGGAUUCUCUGCCAAGUCAAUCAUAGAAGCUUAGUUAGGCUUCUCGGUUGCUGUGUUGAUCUUGAAUUGCCUCUCUUGAUCUACGAGUUUAUUCCCAACGGAACGCUGUUCGAACAUCUCCAUGGCAGUUCAGACCGUACUUGGAAACCGCUGACUUGGCGGCGCAGACUGCAGAUUGCAUACCAAACCGCUGAAGGAUUAGCUUAUCUCCACUCCGCAGCACAGCCACCCAUUUACCACCGCGACGUAAAGUCAAGCAAUAUUUUGCUUGACGAGAAGCUAAACGCCAAGGUUUCAGACUUUGGGCUGUCAAGACUUGUGGAUUUGACAGAAACCGCUAAUAACGAGAGCCAUAUCUUCACGGGUGCGCAAGGUACAUUGGGAUACCUCGAUCCAGAAUACUACCGGAAUUUCCAGCUAACUGAUAAGAGCGAUGUGUACAGCUUCGGGGUUGUGCUUCUGGAGAUGGUUACAUCGAAGAAGGCGAUAGAUUUCACUAGAGAAGAGGAAGAUGUGAACCUGGUGAUGUAUAUUAACAAGAUGAUGGAUCAAGAGAGAUUGACUGAAUGCAUCGAUCCACUGCUGAAGAAGACAGCUAACAAGAUUGACAUGCAGACGAUACAGCAGCUCGGGAAUUUAGCAUCUGCGUGCCUUAACGAACGGAGACAAAACCGACCUUCGAUGAAAGAGGUUGCUGAUGAGAUUGAAUACAUCAUCAAUAUUCUGUCACAAGAGGUUACUGAGACAUAG